AGCAAGCAGAAGCAUCAAGCACACGCACACCUCGUCGUCCUCGUCGUCGUCGUACGAGCUCGAGCUGAGCUGCUUACUUGCCUUGCCUUGCCUUGCCUCUCUUCGUCUUCUUCCUUGAGUUGAUUGGACAGCAAUGGAGGUUAAGGUGUUGAGCAGCAAGCUGGUGAAGCCGGCCUACAAUGGCGGCGUCGCCGUGGAGACGGAGUAUAUCCCUCUGUCCGUCUUCGACAAGGUGACGUACAGGAUGCAGAUGGCUAUAAUCUACGCGUUCCCGCCGCCGGCGCCGUCGACGGCCGCCAUCGAGAAGGGCCUGGCCGCGGUGCUCGCCGAGUACCGCGCGUUCGCCGGGCAGCUCGGGGAGUCGCCCGACGGCGAGCCGGCGGUCGUGCUCAAUGACCGCGGCGCGCGGCUUGUGGAGGCGACCGUGGACGCCGAUCUCGUGGACAUGGCGCCGGCGAAGCCCACGCCGGAGCUGCUGCGGCUGCACCCGGACUUGGAGGAGGAGCUCCAGGAGGUGGUGCUGCUGCAGCUGACGCGGUUCAGGUGCGGCUCGCUCGCCGUCGGGUUCACCUCCAACCACGUCGUCGCCGACGGCCACGCCACCAGCAACUUCCUCGUCGCGUGGGGCCGCGCCACUAGAGGUCUCCCCACGGGCCUCCAGCCGGUGCACCACCACGCCGGCCUCUUCAAGCCGCGCUCGUCACCUCGCGUCGAGUACGACCACCGCAACAGGGAGUACUACCUCCCCGCCGCCGGCGACAAGCACGGCCACAGCGACGGCGGCGCAGACAACAUCGUGAUCCACAAGGCGCACUUCACCAAGGACUUCAUCGCCGGGCUCCGCGCCAAGGCGUCGGAGGGGCGCGGCCGGCCGUUCAGCCGGUUCGAGACCAUCCUCGCCCACCUGUGGCGCACCAUGGCGUGCGCGCGGGGCCUCGGCCCCGACGAGACCUCCACCAUCCGCCUCUCCGUCGACGGCCGCCACCGCCUCGGCGUCCCCGCCGAGUACUUCGGCAACAUGGUGCUCUGGGCGUUCCCGCGCGCCACCGCCUCCGACCUCCUCACCCGCCCGCUCAAGCACGCCGCGCAGGCGAUCCACGACGAGGUCGCCCGCGUCGACGGCGCCUACUUCCGCUCGUUCGUCGACUUCGCCUGCUCCGGCGCCGCCGCCAAGGAAGGGCUCGCCCCCAGCGCCGUGCUCAAGGACGUGCUCUGCCCGGACGUCGAGGUGGACAGCUGGCUCACCUUCCCGUUCUACGAGCUCGACUUCGGCACCGGCAGCCCGACGUACUUCAUGCCGUCCUACUUCCCGACGGAGGGGAUGCUGUUCCUGGUGCCGUCCUACCUCGGCGACGGCAGCGUCGACGCCUUCGUCCCCGUCUUCACCCACAACCUCGACGCCUUCAAGGAGUGCUGCUACUCCAUGGAGUAAUUAAUUAAGUAUAAUUAAUCAAUCAUUUUAUUUAUUAUUACACCCUCCGUCUACGAUGAACAUUGACAUCUAUUUGUCUAGAUUUAUCUACGAAAAUUGGUUCUUUCUGAGACGAAGAGUGUAUUGGUUAAUAAAAGAAAGAAAUAAGAUGGAAAAGCUAGCUAGCUGAUAAUUAAGCUUUAGCUAGUGAUCCAAUUCUUUCACCGUUUUGUACGUAUGCAUGCAUGGGUACAAAACAAAACGAGAUGAAAUGAUUGGGAAUGUAAAGAGAGGAUAAUUACGUGCCAAAUUGGCAGCGAUUAGAGGGGGUGGUUAGAUGUGGGGUUUUCGAUUUGGUGAGGGGUGGUUAUUAGGUUUGCAGCUUGAGCACGUUAAUGAUCAGGCCAGCUCCUUGUGUUACAAAAAAAAACGUAUACAGUACGAGGAGUGCAACUUCUAUUUUAUUUUAUUUUUUUAUUUCGGGUUUUGGCAUUCAUUUAGUUUUGAGAGAGAUAUUUUAAUUUGUUGGUCCCGGUUGAAUCAGGGGACGUUACCAUGUUUUCACCAAGUUUUGGAUACGAUCUGUGUAUAUCACACUGCAUGUAAAAAAAAUGGUAUGUUUAUUUGUGAGGUGAAUGGAAAUGUUGCUUGGGAUU